UACUUCUGUUCUGUGUUCGCACUUGUAAAUAACAAAAACUCAAACAAGAGACGAAGAAAAACAGGCAACAAUUUAAAUAAACAAGCAACUAUAUACCGCAUUAUACAUAAAUUAAAUUUUGUACAUAAGUGAUUGGACGGUGGAAAUUUGAUUGAAAUCGGCUCAUUUAUAAAUCAAAUGACGCUGGAAGUAAACAAGUUAACAAAUGAUCCGACAGCAGCAUGGCGAGAAAUGGCCAAAACGCAACGUGUUAUCAAAAUUACAAUGAAACCGCCGAAUCCAGAAGUACCAAAUAAUAAAGUGCGUGUUGUUUGCAUGAGUGAUACACAUUCAUUGACGCCACACAUUAAAUUCGAUAUACCCGAUGGUGACAUUUUUAUACAUGCCGGUGAUUUUACAAAGUGUGGACGAAAAGAGGAAGUCAUUGAAUUUAAUACAUGGAUUGGACAAUUGCCACAUAAACAUAAGCUAGUGAUUGCGGGCAAUCAUGAGCUAAGUUUUGAUCAAACGUUUACACAUCCAUUUCAAAAUUUAUCGAGUGGAGCUGAUAAAGAUCGUCGCUUACAUACAGGUACAUCGAUCCUGGACGAAAUACCAACAUUGGGUAAUUCAAAAGAAAGUCUAACAGCAGCCGUACAAACCGAAAAUGUUCGACAGUAUUUGACCAAUUGUACGUAUCUACAAGAUGAAUUAAUUAAAAUUUAUGGAUUAAAUAUAUACGGAACGCCAUGGCAACCAGAAUUCUGUAAGUGGGCAUUUAAUGUUCCACGCGGUAAUGAUUGCUUAGAGAAAUGGAAUUUGAUACCAUCAAAUAUUGAUGUACUAAUUAGUCAUACACCACCGCUGGGCCAUGGUGAUCUAUGUUGUACCAAUGUUCGAGCUGGUUGUGUUGAAUUGCUGGCAACAGUGCAACAACGUGUCAAACCAAAAUAUCAUAUUUUUGGCCAUGUUCAUGAAGGCUACGGCAUUACCUCCGAUGGAAAAAUAAUUUUUAUAAACGCAUCUACAUGCGACAUCAAUUACUUGCCACACAAUCAUCCCAUUGUAUUCGAUAUUACGCUACCGCCCGGUGUUAGCAAAGAUGAUUAAUGCAUCAUUUAUCGCUUCUGCUUUUGAUUCAGACCAAAAUCGAAUCCUCACUAUUAUAAUACCGCCGAGAGUCUUUAGUUUGAGUUUAAAGUUCUUUUUUUUAAAUAGACUUGAAAAAACAGUCUAAGUGAUUCGCUCAAUAUGUUAUAUUUGUAUUUUAUAGUAUGUUUCUUCUGUAUUUUAAAUUGAUGUAACGCUUUCAAUUUAAAUAACGAAAAAAAGACAGAAU